AUGCACUUAUAUUUGUAUAAUUUUUUGUCCGAUUAUAUUGUUCAUGCAGGUUCUAUUUAUCUGGAAAAUUUUGGGGAUUCUAAGCUACAAGAAGCUGGAGAAUGUUUUGUUCGAGCACGGUCUUAUGAGCGUGCAGCUUUUGCAUAUGCCAAGGGCAACUUCUUCACUAAAUGUUUGGAAUCUUGCCUUCAGGGAAAACUAUUUAACAAGGGACUUCAUUACAUUCCCUACUGGAAAGACCAUGCAACCCAAAAUAAUUACAUGACAAGAGACAUGAAUGAAAUCGAUGCCAUAGAACAGAAGCUUCUGAAGGGUGCUGCAGUUGAUUACAAAAAGCUUGGAGAUAAAUCUGCAAUGAUGAAAUGUGUUAAAGCCUUCAACUCUAGGAAUUCAAUGCGCAUUUUUUUGAAAACUGAAGGGUGCCUUGAGGAGCUUAUCCAACUGGAAAGUGAAUGGGGAAACUUUAUGGAUGCUGUGAUGAUAGCUAAGGGAAUGGGAGAAACACUACUCGAGGCUGAGCUAUUGGAAAAGGGCAAACAUUAUAAAGAAGCAUCACUUGUUAUUCUGUUAUAUGUGUUGGCAAAUUCUUUAUGGGUACUUGAGAGUAAAGGAUGGCCCUUGAAGCAAUUUACUGGAAAAAAGGAACUUUUAGAUAAAGCUGAAACACUGGCAGAUAAUGUUUCAACCUACUUCUACAAGUUAGUGUGGAUAGAGAAAACUGUUCUUUCAGAUGAAAGGCUUCCAUUGUCUGGGUUGCAACAAUUGUUCAGUGAUUCAGAGCAGUGCCAAAGUGUUGGAGGUGAAAUAUUAUCUGCCUGGAAAAUUCUUGAUGUUCAUUUUUCUGUCAGUAGUUCCAAAUACGUAUGGCGAUUUCAUGCAGAAAAUGGCUUGUCUGAGAAUCAAGUUUCUGUUAAAACACUAGUCUUCUUUUGGAACGUUUGGAAAACAAAGAUAGAGAAGAUAUUUGACUAUCUUGGACAUCUUGAAAGUGAUGAUGUGUAUGGGGAGUUUUGCUUGAACUACAUGGGUGUGCGUGUGAUUGACAAUUUUGAAAAUAACAAGACCAUCUACCUUCUGCUUCAAGCUGAUGCCCACUGGUUGAAACAAAUUAGUUGCAAGAAUUUGCAUAGGAGAGGGAGGUUAGUUAGCUGUAACGCUAAGCAAUUUGCUGAUGCCGCUCGAUGUUAUUGGACUUCAGAAAUGCUCUCUGUCGGAAGAAAGGUGUUAGUGAGUCUAAAAGCUCUCUAUGAGUUCUCAAAGGAUAUUUCUUUACUCCUCCAUUGCCAAGCUCUUCCUCUAGUUCACAUGUACAGUGUUGCAAAAUCUCUCAUCGACUCCAAGCUUUUGCUCUACAAGGAACAUGAUUGGGUUUUUAGCUACCUUGAGCUAUCCAUGGAUAACAUCCUGGGGAUCAUAUUUCCCCCGGAUUGGAGAAAGCCAUUGACAAUGGAGAUGAUUAUCCGGAGGGAGACAAAGGAGUUCAAGGAUUUAGUCGAAGACAUAAUUUGUAGAAUCAGUAGCUCAAACAGUCAUCUGACAUACCAAGAAAUAGGAAAAGUGGUAAUGGCAGUGUUGGGGAGCUCUCAAAAACUUUCUGGUGAAACAUAUAGGAAAGUUUCUCUGAGGUUUGGAAGCAAUCCAUUUUGGAGCUCAUGUAUUCAAAGUUUUGGGAAGAGGGGAUACCGUUCCAUGGAUGUUUCUGCUGUCAAAAGUUUCCAUAAAGCUUUGGAACUGACUUAUUAUGCUGAUUGUGUGGGCCAGACUAACUAUGUAGCACCAAAUUGCUUCAUCUACCUCAUCGAACGCCUUCUGACCAACAUUUUCUGCUUAAAAGGUUGCUUUUUCUCAUCAAAAUCUUGUCUUCUUGAAUGGCUUAUUAACCGGGAAUGGAAUAAGAAUUCCACAGACAAAUUUGUCGCUGAUUGGCAAGAGCAGUUUAGUCAUGUCCUCGAUAUUACCGCAGCCAUUCUUGCUGAGCUUCUCUGCAAUGAACAAGAUGUCAUUACAUGGAUGAAAAAUUCAAAGCUCGGAUUGCCGUAUUAUCCACUCCUAGUGUUGAGACUGUUUGUUGCUCUUUGUUUACUCUGUGCAAACUCUGGGAAGUACUACGAUUUCCUUUUUGAAUUACUGGGUAGGACAGAGAUCACUGCAAAACUACCACCAGAAUUCUACAAUUUCAUUCAGAAACUGAAACCAGGAAACUUGGAAGACAAUGUUCGUGUUCUCGCCAAAGCUUUCAGGAGAAUUGGGAAUUCCCUUGUGGUAGUGAGUUCGGGAGAAUGUCGCAUCAAGUAUGACAUCCCAGAUGCCAUAUUUGUAGACCUGAAAGUCCACCAAGGAAGAGAGAAGUUGAUUGGCAUAUUGUUCAAGUAGUGUUGACGGAUUCUUUCACUCCUAGUGGUAUUGGGAUGGAUAUAUAUAUAUAUAUAUAUAUAUAUAUAUAUAUGAAAGGCUGGCCAACAGCAACUGAGAAGUUACCUCCAAUUCCAAAGGCCCAAGGUUGGGGGAUGUGGUUCUAAGGAUUUUCAUUUUCAUUUUGUAAAGACUGAAAUUUCACUGAGCAGGAAUUGGGACAAAACAUAGAAUUCUUGUCAACAUUUUGCAGUUAUUAUGGCAAUUAUCUUUGGAAUCACAAUUGCAACUCC